GAUCUUUAUUCCAUGCGUACAAAAAGCUACUAAAUUUCCACGCGGAGGAAAAUUAAUUGUCCUAAUGUUUAUAAAAUUCCAAAAGUAAAUCCUGUCGCGCGAGCAUAGAUUACCCAGAAACACUCGUGUUCACACGAAUCAUGAAGGCUGUAGAGUUGGUAUAUAAACAGAGACAGGCUAGAAUACAAAUAAACAAAUAGCGGACUUAUAGGUACAUUUUUAUUUUAACGCAUGCGCAAAGGCGACUGGGAAGCUCGCGUUGCGCACUCUACGUGCCCUCCGCUCCGCCCGAAACAUCGGCACCACACGUUCCGACACCGAACAAAACUAAAUUGGUGUCAUGAAUAAAAACAAUAAUAGAUAGCAUUAAAAUUAUCACCACAUUCACCAUGGGCAACCAGCUUACAAACGAAGCUUACGUAUUCGCCUUCAAAACCUUCCUCUUGGGCUUCAAUUUCUUGUUUUUGGCUACAGGUAUACUUCUUCUCGUGACGGGAAUCUGGGCCACAUUCGACUUGUACACCUAUGUAGAAUUGGAAUAUCCUGAAAUUUCCGGAACGGCCCCGCAGCUGCUAAUAGGCAUCGCUGGACUGAUUAUUGUGGUUACUUCCGUUGCAUUCUCCUGCAUAAUCAAGGGACAACCUGCUCUCCUUUUUAUUUACGGCGCCAUCCUGGCAUGCAUCUUCAUGAUGGACGUUGGCGUGGGAGCGGCGGUGUGCGUCUACCAACACACCUUCGCCAAGGGCCUGUAUGACGGUCUCACCCGAACGCUGGCUUCGAACAUCCCAAAAAAAGACAAUUUGAACUUCGCUCAGGCUACGCUACAUUGUUGCGGUGUUUCGAACUACACAGACUGGACGCGGUUAUCCCCACAGAGAGUAAUACCGACCUCUUGCUGCUUGGACCCUAAUAACUGUAUCACAGCAAAUUAUAUGGACGUCUAUCAGAGGGGCUGCUAUGAGGUGAUAGUGGAAUAUUUAACGAACAACAUGAACUUUUUGUAUGGCAUCAUGAUUGUAACGGGCUCGCUGCCCAUACUAGGCACCUUCCUGUCAUGUUGCCUGGCAAAGUAUAUUAAAAAAUCGAAUUAUGACGCCAUGAAUUAAAAUAUUUCGUAACA